UAAAGGGAUUUGUGGUCACAAUCUGAUUAGUGAUCACUCUUUUCCUCAUGGCAAGUGUUAAAGGUGCAAUUCUGUAUUGAAAUAAAGUUUUAUUGGAAGCACUCUUCCAAUGUAUCUCCCAGAUAAGAUUUGAGAAGGUUUUAUUUUUUGUUGAAGCCUUCCAUGGAGGGCUUAUUUAUCUGUUACUCCUCCCAAAUCUAACCAAACACUGGGGAUUUUGGGGUGAGAUUUCAAUGUUCACUUCAUGCUUUUGUAAUGCCAUUAUGCUUCUUUGUUUUGUUCUACUAUGUUUGAUUUGGCAUGCACAAGCAUGGUAGGUUUUAGAAACUUGUUGGUAUGUAAGAUGAUUAAACUUCAAAAAUUAAAACACAACAUUUAUCAGCAACAAAAUUCUGGAUGCACAGAUCUGAAGUAUCUUGAGAUGCAAAUUGAGAGGGCUCGCUCGAUGACUCCUGGAAAAUAUUCUGCCAAGAACAGACCUGAUUGCUUCCUGAAAAUGACAAAGAAUUGUCCACUAAGUAGAGCCGGCAGCGGAAAGGACGUACGUCACUUUGAGUUUGAAGCUGUUUCUUGUUUGAUUGAAUAUGAAGUUGGUGAUGUUCUUGAGGUUCUUCCUGGUCAAAGUCCUGCUGCUGUAGAUGCUUUUAUCAAGCGAUGUAAUUUGAACCCUGAAUCAUACAUAACUGUUGAGCCUAGAGAUAAAGAGAAUAAACUCAGUGCAAGUUCUUUGUUAUUCCCUGUAAAAUUAAAAACAUUCGUGGAGCUAACAAUGGAUGUUGCGUCAGCUUCCCCAAGACGCUAUUUCUUUGAGGUCAUGAGUGUUUUUGCUAAUGCGGAACAUGAGAAAGAAAGACUUCAAUACUUUGUCUCUCCUGAAGGAAGAGAUGAUUUAUAUCAGUACAACCAGAAGGAACGGAGGACUGUUUUAGAGGUACUGGAGGAUUUCCCUUCUGUGCAGAUGCCCUUUGAAUGGUUGGUACAACUCGUUCCUCCAUUAAAAACAAGAGCUUUCUCCAUCUCGUCUUCUCCUUCAGUUCAUCCAAAUGAAGUGCACUUAACAGUAAGCGUGGUAUCAUGGACGACACCUUACAAGAGGAAACGUAUGGGUCUUUGCUCAUCGUGGCUAGCGAGUCUUGAUCCUCAGCAACAAAGAAGCCUUAUACCGGCAUGGAUUACUAAAGGGUCUCUUCCUCCCCCACCACCAUCACUUCCACUUAUACUCAUUGGACCUGGCACUGGAUGUGCACCUUUUCGCGGAUUUGUGGAGGAACGAGCCCUACAGAGUAAAUCCGGUCCAACUGCUCCAAUUGUUUUCUUCUUUGGCUGCAGAAACGAGAAUAACGACUUCUUAUAUAAAGAUUUUUGGCUGUCCCAU